AUGCAACCCGGUGAGAAUUCCCACUACCUUUACAUUCCAAACCCUAAUCCAGACACAGCAAACUUAACCAUGAACCUCCAAAACUCACCAAUUCUUCAAUUCAACAUCAACACACCCUCAAACCCCUUCUACAAUCAUCAUAUACACCCUCAAUAUCAAGAAAUUAGCCCCUAUUUUUCUGAUGAAGCAGAUGAUCAACAGCAGAUAAACCUCAUCAAUGAAAGGAAGCAAAGAAGAAUGAUAUCUAAUAGAGAGUCAGCACGUAGGUCCCGCAUGCGUAAACAGAAGCAUUUAGAUGAACUUUGGUCACAGGUGAUUUGGCUUCGUGAUGAAAAUCAUCAACUUGUUGACAAAUUGAAUAAAUUCUCAGGGACACAUGAUCAGGUUUUACAAGAGAAUGCUCAGCUUAAAGAGGAAGCUUCAGAACUUCGUGAAAUGGUCAACAAGUUGCAGCUUAAUGGCACUUACCCUAGUUUGAUAGACCUAGAUGAUAUUAAUAGCAACGUGCUUUACCUUAGAAAUGAAUCUUUAAACCCUUCUAUCUCAAGUUCUUCUGAGUUUUUCUAG